GGCAUUACAGCUGACGUUGUGUUGAGUUUUUCAGUGCAAACACAACACAACACUCACUGAAUACGAGUGCCAUUCAAUGCAUUGCCUGUGAAUUGAGUAUUACUACUGUUUUGCUAGCAUUUGUUUGGCCACUAUUUCCGCACCACAACAACAACACAACGAUAAUAACAAACACCGACUAAACCACUGAUUGUCCCACAAAUCCACUCCUAUUUAAGUGACAAUUUUAAUGUAGUCUUCAAGUGGUGUAUCACUCGUCGUCUUAGAGGAAGUGGUCUUUCAUUUAGUUUGUAUUCAUUUGUGAUUAUUAUAUGUUUUGUUAGGCCUUUAAAACCUCUGAAUCAAUGAACACAUCCAUGAAUACAAUGUUGUGUCUCAUUAAAUGUCCAAAUCAUGUCGUUUUGGAGGUGGAGUGCGAUCAUAAGGCCAGAGGACAGGAGUGUCUCGAUAAGGUAUAGCA